GUUGCCGAAAGGAUUUCACUGAGCGUCCUGCGUCAGUUGAAGGAAGUUAAUAGUCGUUAGUAUCAGACACAUUACAGAAGUGUCCGACAUUUCUACGAGGACAGUAAUGACACGGCUGAAGAUGUUUUGUGUCAUCGGGGCGCUGCUGAUUAUACAAAGCGCCGCCAUAAUCAGGGUGCCGCUUCAUAAAACCAGGAGCCUGCGCCGCGUGAUGAGCGACAAUGGGAUGUCUCUGGAGGAGCUCCGGGCUUUGGCCAGCAGCUACGCCCCACCGGACGGCUCCCCCUCCCCCGACGUGCCCGUGGAAAGGCUCACCAACUUCAUGGAUGCCCAGUACUACGGGGUGAUCAGCAUCGGAACCCCGCCGCAGGACUUCACUGUGCUGUUCGACACCGGCUCCUCCAACCUGUGGGUGCCCUCCAUCCACUGCUCUUUCUUUGAUCUGGCCUGCUGGCUCCACCGUCGCUACAACUCCAAGAAGUCGAGCACAUUCGUCAAGAACGGCACCGAGUUCUCCAUCCGGUACGGCCGAGGCAGCUUGUCCGGCUACAUCAGUGGAGACACUGUCUCUGUUGCAGGACUUCCUGUUCCCGGACAGCAGUUUGGUGAAGCGGUGAAGCAGCCGGGCAUCACCUUUGCGGUGGCGCGGUUCGAUGGGGUUUUGGGGAUGGCCUACCCCUCCAUAUCCGUGGCCAACGUCACCCCGGUGUUUGACACGGCCAUGGCCGCCAAGCUCCUGCCCCAGGAUGUUUUCUCUUUCUACAUCAGCAGAGACCCAACAGCAGCAGUAGGUGGAGAGCUGAUGCUGGGCGGGACAGACCCCAAAUACUACACCGGGGACCUGCACUACGUCAAUGUCACACGAAAGGCCUACUGGCAGAUGAAGCUGAGCGGAGUGGAUGUCGGCAACCAGCUGACUCUCUGCAAAGCCGGUUGCCAGGCGAUCGUCGACACGGGAACGUCCUUAAUCGUCGGCCCCGUGGAGGAAAUCCGAGCGCUGCACAAAGCCAUCGGAGCGCUGCCCCUGCUGAUGGGAGAGUACUGGAUCAACUGCGAGAAGAUCCCAUCCCUCCCCGUCGUCUCCUUCAUCAUCGGGGGGAAGAUGUACAACCUGACUGGAGAGGAUUAUGUCAUGAAGGAGACUCAGAUGGGGUCAUCGAUCUGUCUGUCGGGCUUCAUGGCCAUGGAUAUCCCGCCUCCCGCCGGGCCCCUGUGGAUCCUGGGGGACGUGUUCAUCGGGAAGUACUACACCGUGUUCGACAGGGCCGCCGACCGGCUGGGCUUCGCCCCGGCCAAGUAGCCCGCCGCGAAGCGCGUUCCCACGUCUCGGUUCUUGUGGUAUUUGCUUUUUUCGAGGUUGCAACGAGCAAAAGCUGCAUUUGGUCACAAACGUGGUGUGAUUUCAUUUGCAGCCAAUCAGAAGCUCUCGUGUAACCCUGCAGGAACUGGCUCUCCACGUUCAUAUCUCACAUCUGCUUAGAGGUUUCCUUGUGAGCACGCACAGAGGCUCCACUGAACAAAGGCUUCCUUUCAAGCUGCUUUUCGGUUUGAUAUGGCAGGAUUUACUCCGACUGCUGCUUUAUGACGUAUUAUUGCUGUUUUUAUACUUUUUGUAAUUUAGAUGCCUGAGCAAACGCAACUAAAGCUUUCGUACGGACGUUUGUUUUUGCUCUUCCUAACAGUUCCACAUUUUUAGUUCCCAAUUUUUAGUUGGGGCUGCUUUUGUACGUUUUCAUUUUGUGCCAAAUCUGACAAAAUAAAACUCUUUUGUCUAAUG